AUGGCGCCCCCUCACACUAGGGUUGCCAUUAUUGGCUCCGGCCCUGCUGCCCACACAGCUGCGAUCUAUCUCUCCCGCGCAGAGCUCAAACCCGUCCUAUACGAAGGCUUCCUCGCCGGGGGUACCGCAGCGGGAGGCCAAUUAACAACCACCACCGACGUGGAGAAUUAUCCAGGCUUCUCUAAGGGCAUUGGUGGUGCCGAGCUGAUGGAAGAGAUGAAAGCACAGUCCCUCCGCUUCGGCACAGAGAUCAUCACCGAAACAAUCACAAGGGUCGACCUGAAAUCACGGCCGUUUCGUUUGUGGAGAGAGUACCAAGAUGGAGAAUCAGACGAGCCUGCACAUACUGCGGAUGCGGUCAUCAUUGCGACCGGCGCCAAUGCGAGACGGUUACAUUUACCUGGCGAGGAGACUUAUUGGCAAAACGGUAUAUCGGCGUGCGCAGUUUGUGACGGCGCUGUCCCCAUCUUCCGCAACAAACCGCUCGUGGUGAUUGGGGGCGGUGAUUCGGCUGCAGAGGAGGCCAUGUUCCUGGCCAAAUACGGUUCCCAUGUCACCGUGCUGGUGAGGAGGGACAAGCUGCGGGCCUCGAAAACCAUGGCGAAACGAUUGCUGGCAAAUCCAAAGGUGACGGUGAAAUUCAAUCAUGUUGCAGUCGAGGUACAAGGAGAAAACAAACCACGAGGACUAAUGACGCAUCUGAAGAUCAGGAACGUGGUCACGAAGGAAGAGGAAGUCCUGGAAGCUAAUGGACUGUUUUACGCCGUUGGUCAUGACCCGGCAACCGCAAUUUUCAAGGGCCAAUUGAAUACAGACGAAGACGGCUACAUUCUGACGAAGCCCGGCAAAAGUUACACCAGUAUCUCGGGCGUGUUCGCGGCUGGAGAUGUGCAGGACAAACGGUAUCGCCAGGCCAUCACCAGUGCCGGAAGCGGAUGCAUAGCAGCUCUCGAAGCGGAGAAGUACUUAGCGGACUUGGAGGAUUCCGAAUUGGACAUUGAGAAGGAAAAACAGGCGAAGAAGCCGGAAAUCAACGGUGAAACAGCCCCGGAAUAUCGGUCCAACCCUCUGUUGUAA